GCCGGCUUCCAGUAGAUUUCUAUUACUUAGAAGGGAACUCCUCCUCCGCUGCUUUUCAGUUCUGAAUGGGCUCAGAAAAUCUCUUGCGGUCAUUGUUAUGGUCGCUGCUGGUCACUUCUUAGUGGUCGUUGCGAUUUUCUGGAUACUGGAGGCAUCCGGGGACGCAAAUUUCUUGAAGGUAAGAAUGGAUAAGAAGACUCAGAUUGUGUUCCUCAAUGAGAAUGUUACCAUCCCCUGUGUAUUCCGCUAUGGUUCUUUAUCCCUGGACAUCAAUACCGUUGGAGUCAGAUGGUACAGGAGAAGUUGGAACUCUGAGCAGGAAAACGAAAUCUUUGAGUACUAUGGAGGAAACCAGACUCUGUUCAGACCAGGAGCCAGCAUCUUAAUUUCAGAACUGAAAUGGGGACAUGCCUUUCUCUUCCUGCCUUUCAUCCAGCUUCAAGAAGAAGGAGAGUACAGGUGUGAGGUGAUCAUCCCUCCUAAUAGAGCUCAGGCAACAGCGAGGAUGGAUGUGGUGGCUCGGCCCACCAGCAUCCAGUGGCCAUCAGAAACUGUAGUGGAGGAAAACAAAACACACACUCUUGAGUGCAUUGUGAUAGGAUUCUAUCCUCAGUCAGCUCAAAUCAGGUGGAAGAAAAUGAUUCCUGGGACUCACUCUCUGGAUGUGAUCAAUUCUGAGAACAUCUACACGAACUCCAUUCGGAAUAAUGAUGGCACGUUCAGUGCCACCAGUUACUUUACUUUGCAUCCAAUUUUGGAUGACAACGGAACCAUCUACCAGUGUGAAGUUGUCUAUCAAUCGCUACUGACUCUAUUGCGGAGAAGCACUACCUUGAUUGUAAAAGAACAUGAGAAGGAUGGAUCUAUCUGGAUGCCGAUUGUGAUCGUAAUCUUGGUUAUAUUUAUCUUCAGCACAGGCCUGUUCCUAACACUACGUUUUAAGAAUGCACUAUCAAAGUUACUCGGUAUAAGGAGAGCAGACUGAUGCUGGAUGGCAUUGAGACAUUGGAAGCUGUGGAGACCCCGGAAGAUGGGCUUUUCUGCCCAUGCACCAGCAAGAUCCUUGAGAUAGAGGAUCUUGGGAAGAAAUUCACAUGUAAGGCUGAGUAGAAGUGUGUGAGCCUGUAGAGAGACACUGGGUCCUGUAGUCACUAGGUGAAUGCCCACAAAUGGUUCUACAGGAGCAUGAGGUGAUUCUCAAGAUAUCCAUAUCACAAAGAAAAAGAAAGCAUAGAAUAUUGUUGUGAUAUUGGGAAAUGGUGAAUAUUCAAGUGUGUGUGUGUCUGUGUGUGUGCACGUGCAUAUGUGUGCAUGCACAGAGAGCUGUCAGUUUUGCUGUAUUUUUCUCUACUUCCUUUUUUCCUUUUUAAAAAAAUUUUAAUAGCUUUCUGGGAAAGGAGAGAAGUGAGAAAAUUAGAUGAUGUAAAAGCAAAGUUCAAGAAUAAAAACUGAUUUAAAAAAAUGUUAAUGUUUAAAAAUGGCCUUGUCUUUGGGCGUGUAAGAAUUAAACCAAAAAGAUGUUGCCUGAUAGUCCUACAUUUUAAAAAUAAUUUUAAAAUUUAUUUUAAACAAAUACAAAAUGAUGAAGAGAAAACCACCAUCUAUGUUUAGAAAUGUAUACGCUGACU